ACGCGGCGCGGAGACCCCGGGGCUCGGGCUCGCCUCCCCUCCCACCCGCCCAGGCCCCGCGACCCGCGUGGGGGGCGAUGAGGCCGCGCGCCGGAGGAGACAAAGCCAGCAAAGCCCGCGCGUGAGCAGCGCCCGCGGCUCCUGUGCUUUCAGGUGAACCUCAUAGCAAAAAGCCUGAAUCAGCUGCUCAUCUGACAACUGUCAGCUGCUGCUACCAUCUUGUCCUUCGCCUGGGCCUGUCACUCUGCAGCCUCUCAGCAGGGGCAACAGGAUGAAGGAGGGUAUGUCCAAUAACAGCACCACAAGCAUCUCCCAAGCCAGGAAGGCUGUAGAGCAGCUGAAGAUGGAAGCAUGUAUGGACAGGGUAAAGGUCUCUCAGGCAGCUGCAGACCUCCUUGCAUACUGUGAAGCUCAUGUGCGGGAAGACCCUCUCAUCAUACCAGUGCCAGCAUCAGAAAACCCCUUCCGUGAGAAGAAGUUCUUCUGUACCAUCCUCUGAAGCCCUUCACCACUGGAAAGCCUCCUUUUGUGUCAGUAGAAUCCCUGGUAUCACUGUGCAUGCUCCUGACUCCUGCCAUCAACCCCCAUUCCUCGCCUUCCCAGCCCCAAUCCAGAGAGUGCUGGGGCUGGACUCCUCUCUUCUCCAGGAUUUUUCUUCCAGCGUUUGAUUUCAUUUUUUCUUUAUCUUUUUUCAUGUCGGUUUCAUUCUUAGCAAAGGAAAUAAACCUCUUUGUAGUCAGAUAACAAA